GCCCAUCACCUGAUCGCGACAUUUCCGACAGUCCGGAACGCAGCACUGCUCUGUUCAUUCCUGCAGUGUCCCGUUGUAGGACAGUCUGUCUGAACUCGGGAGGGGAAACGUUGCUCUGUUACAACUCCCAGGAUUUACACUCUGCCAUUUUGAGGAAAACCGGCCGACAUCAGCGUUCAGACGCGUCCAUUAAACACAAGUCAUGACCCGAAUUAGUGAACUGCCUCUGUGAAUAUAGAAGGCCUCUGAAGUGGGGCACAGUUAACCCAACAAAGGAGGAACUGUUGUUUUGAACCAUUCAUCACUCCUCUUCAGCCAUGUGUUCCACAAAUCACUCAAACUGGGUCACAUUUGAAGAUGACAACACACCACUCUCAUCACCGCAGAAGCCCCUACAGUCACCAGGGCUUAUCAAAGCAUCAGUACCGCGUCCCAAUGGCCUGAAAUUAGUGCUUCCUCCAAUCAGAGAUACUUCCUGGAGCUUGAGUAGUUCCUUGGAAUCCCCUCAAAGUCACUCGAGUGUUAGUGGAAGUUCCUGUGUACCAUGUAAUACACCCUUUUGCACUCCUGUGAGUGGGGUUCCCAGCAGUGCGUCCCCAUUUUACUCCAACACAUGGGAAAAGAACGACUUCUUCCGGAGUUUCUCCAACACGUCUACCACCUCUGUUCCUUCUCCUGCACCAGAGGCCCUGAAUCAAACCUCAGAUGGACCAAGCCCUUUCCCUUCUUUCCAGGGGAACUCAGGACACUAUAACCCCUUCUGGCAUGGAUCGACACACAGCGCAGAUGUGGGCAGCUCCUCCUCAGACUCAGAAUCUGAAAACAGCCUACCACGUUUCUUUAUUCGGACCAAAGACGGCAAUGAGCCUCCGCGCGACCAACUCCAGAACUCCUUCUCUUACGUUUGCAACAAACUGGAAGGCCUACGAGUGGAAACAGACCACGAAACAGAGACAGAAAAAGAUGGGGAGAGGGAGAGGCGGCUAAGUUGCAAAACUGAGGUGUUAAGCGAGGGUUCGUCUCGGUUCGUUCCCCGGGGUCUGUUUCGUAGCCAGAAGAGAGACGGCUGGUCUGUCAUGCUCAGGAUUCCUGAAAAAAAGAACCGCAUGUCUUCUCGGCAGUGGGGGCCGAUCUAUCUCCGCUUGCUGCCGGGAGGUGUGCUGCAGAUGUACUAUGAGAAAGGGCUGGAGAAGCCAUUCAAAGAGUUCCAGCUUCUCCCUCAGUGUAGGCUCUCGGAUCUGAAACUGGAAAGCUACGGCGAGCACCGCAAAGUCCUCUCGCUCAAGGUGGAACAUUUCUCGUACACUGAAAAGAAACGCUACCACCCUAAGCUGGAGGUUAGUCAUGAGGCGGAGGUAGAGCAGCUGCUCAAGUUUGGCUCCACAGUGCAUGACGACAUGGAGGACCUGGUAGUCUCCAUGGAUGAGGAAAUCUUUAAACUGAAUAUGCCCCACCAGCAGAGGCGGCACUACGAGGAGCAGGAGCUGUCGUUGCAGAUCACUGAUCAUAUCUGGGUACAACUGGAUAAGUGUGGAGGAGUCAUGGAGCGGACAGCCUUCACCCAGAUUCACUGCCUGGCUUUUCUAAACGGACUAGGAGAUUGUUUUCUUGCCCUUAACGAUCUCGGGCUGCUGCGCUUUGACUCCAGCUACGGGUCUGAGGAGGGCAGUGAACUCUGGAUGGAGAUCGCCGACUGCCAGUUUCACAAAUGUGUGAAUGAGACAGAGUUUCAGAGGUCCCGGCUGAUUAAGUUCUCACCUCCUGAGGCCUGCAGGGUGGAGCUGAUGCGGUACAAGACGGCGAUUUUGGGUUGCACAGAAAUUCCCUUCUCGAUCAAAGCAGUGGUCACAGUCCAAGGUGCCUAUGUGGAGCUCCAGGCCUUUCUUAACAUGUCAGCCACCUUCCUUUCCUCCAUGGGGGUGUCUGACUCGUACCCGCUGUGUGAGAAUGUAGCGAUCCGUGUGCCGGUGCCAGGCGACUGGGUCAAAGUGACGCAGACAGUGGCCUUACUGCGACAGAGGUCACUGAAGGCCCGUAUGAACAGAAAUGCCUGCUUGGGCUCCGUCAGCGCUGCAGAUUCACAGCCUGUUAUGCAGGUGACAAUCGGCACUGUCAAGUAUGAGAAUGUAUAUUCGGCCGUUGUGUGGAGGAUCGACAGACUGCCCGCGAAGAAUAUGGCAGUGGAUCAUCCCCAUUCGUUUUCCUGCAAGCUAGAGCUGGGAUCUGAUCAGGAGAUCCCAAGUGACUGGUACCCUUUUGUCACAAUGGAAUGUGAAAUUAUGGGCGCGGUUGUGUCACAGACCAGGGUGAAGUCACUGGGCACUGCGAACGACAUCCAGCCGCAGAAACAUGUGACCAGUUGGACACGCUAUCAUUGUCAGGUGGAAGUGGAGAAGAAAUGGAUUGAAACAGAGUCACAGAGGCAAUCUGGCUGUAUGACACAGUGAUUAUUAAAGAAGCUCUGAAGAGGACGUUAUCCCUUUGGUCCAGGAUAUUUGCCAAAAUCUUCUUAAUGGUGAAAAGGGAUAACCAAAAAUGAACAAAAACAAGGGUGGUGAGGGACUUUCUGCUUAUAUCUGGUGUCAAAUUCAUCUAAUUUCAAAUAGUCUGUUAGUAUUUCUCAUGGAGGUUAACCGAUUUUGUAUUCUUUAACUGAGACUGAAUUAGUCUAGACCUAAUAAACAAUUUAACAUGGUCCUUUUGCCUAGCACUUUACAUUUAAUAGAUUUAUUAACUGUAAGAUUACAGUUUGUAUGAGUACUGUAUAUAAGCUUGCAUUUGCAUCAUCUGCACUGCCUUCCAGAAUGAUUGGCAUCCUUAAUACAUUCCUUAAUAAAUGAACGCUGAACCGGCUGUAUGAGAUAAACAGAUAAAGUAAUGAGCAAUAUUCACUGUUUGAGAAAAGCUAAUUAUCAGCAGAUGUUUUAAGGGUCAGGCCCUUUUGUUGCCCAGCAAUGUUUAAAGUUCACAUACUUCCAAACUGAUUUAUUAAGGUAUGAAUUCUCCACAUUUGUACUAAAACGUAUGUGGCAGUGGCAUGAUGAUUUUUGAUUGUUGUGCUCUGAAAAUCUCAAUAUUUUGCAGUUCAUAUGUAAGUAAACCCAUGUAUCAGUAAGUGUCAGAACAAAACAAUGUAAACACCUUGUGGAAAAGGACUAUAGUAAUGUAAUUAUAGUUGCACAAAAACAUUGGUUCAAUGGUGUGUCACAUCAUGCUGAGUCCCACAAAGCAGCAUUUGUCUGAAGUGACUUCAUCACAAUUAUUAGGACAGUUUGGUUGAACUGUCUCGGGCCAUGCCAAUUAGCAGCCAUUCUCAGCAAUGAAACGCUCUGAUGAAAGGUUCAAAGCAACAUGAGACAAACAGACAAUUAAAUCAUUUUUACAAGUGCUUUGGCCCAAAAAGCUACAAAAUAAUUUCAUAUAUGAACAAUAACUGUCUUGCUUUUGCCAAAUACAGACAAAGUGCAUUUACAAAGAGAAACAGCAGUUGCACCUUUGGGAGCAUUUUUAAAAAUAGUUGUAGUAAUUAAUUUUCUUAGUGUUUUCACAUGGAAUACAACUCAUUACUUUUGUUGUUUACCUCGAGCUGACCUUUGACUUUAUACCAAGGUUGUAUUCUGGAGGACUGUAAUUUUAUUUAAACAAAUCAAAUCUUUAUUAUGUGUUCUGCCUCUGGGAUGUGAAUAGGUUGGAUAAAAAAAAAGAAUGGUGAAGCUUCAUAGUGAACAACAAGGCCUUCAAUGAUGAUUUUUAUGUAUGAGGUACCUGGCUUAAGCUGGAUAUGAUGUACAUCAAGAGUAAAAAUUUAAUGAAA